GUUUCAAAACGCAGCUUCAACAGGUUCGUGAGAUAUAGAGUACCGGUAAACUACACUCUUGAUUACCGUAUGUUUUCCGGUACAAUUAUUGGAUUUCAAUUACUUUUGCAAUUUAGAACAAAGAAAGCAUACCGAUGCUUUUUUUUCAUAAUAAAUUCGUGUUUCAGUGCAAAUAAUCGUGUUACUUGUGUUAAUAUUGUAGUAAUUUCAAUCAGUGAAUGGAUCGAUACCGGUACAUUGGAGUUGACUACGAAUAUGCGUGUCCAGUUGCAGAAUGAUCCAUCAGCUGAGGUAUUCUCACGACAGUUACUGGAAAUUGGAAACGGUCAGCUGCCAGUCGAUGAGACGUCUAGACAAAUAUCACUUCCCGAUAAUUUUUGUAAUUUAGUUACAUCAAAAGAAGAACUGAUCGAAAAAGUAUUUCCUGACAUUCAGAUAAAUCAUAGAAAUCAUGAUUGGCUCAGUGAACGAGCUAUCCUUGCCGCAAAGAAUAAAGAUGUCUAUCAACUUAAUAAUGUUAUACAAUCCAGUAUUCAAAGUGAUGAAACUACAUAUAAGUCGAUAGACACUGUUGUGGAAGCUGAUGAAGUAGUUAAUUAUCCAACAGAAUUUCUAAACUCACUUGAUCUGCCAGGGAUACCACCACACAUAUUGAAAUUGAAAGUAGGUGUGCCAAUUAUCCUCUUGCGGAAUAUUAAUCAGCCAAAACUCUGCAACGGCACGCGACUUGCAGUUAAGAGAUUAAUGAAUAAUGUAGUGGAAGCAACGAUUUUAACAGGGCCUUUCAAAGGUGAAGAUGUCCUCAUUCCUCGAAUACCCACGAUCCCGACAGAUACACCAUUUCAAUUCAAAAGAUUGCAAUUCCCAAUUCGAUUGGCAUUUGCAAUCACAAUCAACAAAGCUCAAGGUCAAUCUUUAGAAUUGUGUGGUCUAGAUUUAGAUGUGGAUUGCUUUUCACAUAGACAACUGUAUGUUGCGUGUUCCCGAGUCGGCAAACCAGAUAGUCUUUAUAUUUACGCAGACAGUGGAAAAACAAAAAAUAUUGUAUAUAAACAAGUAUUGCAAAAUUAAACUUAUAUGAAAUGUAUUCUUUG